AUGGAGCACGGUUCGGAAAAGGAUCCAGCAAAUGCAACAUUUUCGUUGACAGAUGAGGAUCAUACCCUAGCAAAUUCACUUAGAUUUUGUCUAAAUCAAGAUUUAAGAGUUAAUUUCUGUGGAUAUAGCAUCCCCCAUCCUUCUGAAGCUCGAGUAAACAUAAGAGUCCAGACUACAGGUGAUCGAGCAAGGGAAGUUUUGAAGGAUGCUUGCGAAGAUUUGAUGUCUAGGAGUCAACAUAUUAGGAGCACAUUUGAACAGGCUGUUGCAGAUUACAAAAAUCAGCAAGGUCCAAAACCUAUGGAUUCAGAUUAG